AUUUCCUCAUUGACGUCAUAAGCACAUUGCGCAAGUCUGUCCACUUGUCAGUGAAAUACCCGGAUGUUGGGAUACCCUAUAACACUUCAUUUGACCCGUGCAACACGUUGGAUUGUUUGUAUAGUAUUUUGAUAUUAAUUCAUUGAUAUUUGUAUCAAGCAUAGCAGUUUGUGGAUUUCGAUUUAUAAACUCAGGGUAUCACACACAAACACAGGAUGGGCAGACAUAAAAGGAUAAAGAAAAUAGACCCGUUUUACCAGGGAAAGGGAAGGGAAUCCACCACAGAUGCCUCCAAGAAAUCAGCAACUAGCAAAGGAAAACCAAGACCUAGGUUACGCAAACAUGAACAAAAAGAUGAUUUACGACCAAAAAAUAUCAAUGAACAGGAGAAGAUGUCACAGAGGUUUAAACUAUUUGCAGAAUCAAUAAAGGAAGCAAAAAAACACAAGUUAUCUGAAGGAAAGAAGAAGCAAAGGAAUAAAUAUAAAGUUAGCACCCCCAAUCAGAAAUUGAAACCUGAAGAUAGGGGAGAAUCUGGCAUGGAAGAAAUCACUUUUACACCCAAAUCAUGGGAGAGUGAAGAAAGAUUUAUCCGGAGAAUGGACAAAGAAACGUAUGAGGUAUUUGAUGGUGUUAAAAUGGUGGAAAAACUUGAACAAGGCAUGGAAACAGUACCAGAGCUACAAGAAUCAACUAAAGAUAAGAGGGAUAAAAAGAAAGAGAGACUAGUAAGAAAGAAAGAAAAAGUUAAAGCCAAGAAAAUGAAAAAAGUACAUGAUGCCUUGGAAAAGGAAGUAUACAUAGAUAGAGUUAAAUUUGGUGAGGUUGUUAUGGAGCCACCGAACAUCAGAGCAAAACCCAGGAAAGCCAGCGGUAUUACCAAGCCAAGACAGAAAAUGCUAUUACUGAAUAAAAUUCUCGAAAAAUCAUCAAAGCCAGUCGUUAAAACACAGAAGAAAACAUCAAAUAGAACAAAAGCAAGCAAGAAGAGGAAACACAUGUCUGUGGCGGAAAAGAGAAUAUUUGAUAAAAGCCAGGCAUCAGCCAUACAAGCAUACAGGGAUGUCAAAAAAGCCAAAAGAACUCAAAAUACAUAAAGAAAAUUGAUUCGACUUGUUUCUAUUACACAAAUGUAAAUGACUUCAUCUACAAGACUCACCACAAAGUGUG